CCAUAUUAAGUGUCGUAAAACCUGCUUCUUUUCAAAGCUCUAUCCAGUCAUGUCGCGGAGGGUCUGUUGCCUGUAUUGUGUGGAGAAAUCCACAAUGUUUGCAGUACCGAAGGCAGAACCACGACGAAGUCAGUGGUUGACAUUCCUUUUUAACACUGUUCCAGCUGAUUUACCAGCCGGUACUGUUGUGUGUGCGCGGCAUUUCACGGACCAAAACUUUAAAAACUUAACAAUGUUUAGCUUCAGACUUGCAAAGCUGAUAUUGGAGGACGAUGCUGUUCCUACUUUGUUUAGACCAGCGGGAGAUUCAGGUACACAACCUAGUACAUCACAGCAGGAACACAAUACCAACUGCUCCAGUACAGUCGGAUGUCAAACAGACCGUCCACAGACUGUUUGUGUGGGAACUCAGAGGGUUGAGACACGGUCUGUGGGAACACAGACAGUGGAAUGUAAAGUGUCCGCCAUUUCUGUUGCUACACAGUUGGCCCGGGGAACACUGAAAUCGGCACACGUGAGAAGCAAAGGCAUCCAGGCCACGGUGUCUUUCAAAAGUGUUGGCACUAAAACUUCCACCUACACAGAAAUCCCCUUGUCCUCUACACCAAUAAAGAGCCCAGGUUUGGGACCUAGCAAGAGACCUCGACUAGAGUUGGAGCAGGAACAAGGAGAGACUUCGAUUGAAUUUGAAGAGACUCUGGAUUUGAGUUACCACCCUGAUGAUACUGUAGAAGAAUCUGACGUAUCACUUCAGACACGAUCCACGCACAGUGACGCAAAGUACAUUGUGUUUGAAAGCUGCCUCGGACAGCUGUUUGAAAAAUGUCCGUUUUGUAAGACAGACUGUGAUGUCCAAAAACGAAAAAAUGGGACUUUUGUGGCGUUCAAACAGCGUUGUCCAAACUGCACUUACUUCAGACAAUGGGAGAGCCAGCCCAUCAUUGGAAGUACCCCGGUUGGCAACUUACAAUUAUCUGCUGCUACAUACUUCACUGGUGCUUCCUUCUUCCAACUAAAAAAGAUAUGCAGAGCCAUGCAGCUGGAGAUCUUCCAGUAUGAGACCUUCAGGAGGCAUGCUAGGCAUUAUCUGGAGCCUGCUAUUAUCCACAAGUGAAAAACUGAUCAGCUGAAGAUUUUCCAGCAACUCCACCACCAGGGGGGAAAGGUCACAGUUGCAGCAGAUAUGAGAGCAGACUCUCCAGGCCACUCAGCUAAGUUUGGGAGCUACACACUAAUGCACCUGGGAAGCAACACCAUUGUGGACUUCCAGCUUGUUCAGAGCAAUGAAGUUAGUUAGUUACCACAUGGAAAAGGAGGGACUCAAAAGAUGCCUAGAUCAUCUGGAGUCAAACGAUUUGGCGGUUGAGUACAUUGUGACUGACCGUCAUCCACAGAUCCAGAAGUUUCUGAGGGAACGCAACAUAGAACAAUUCUAUGAUGUCUGGCACUU